AACCUCAAACUUAUAUUUACAUUUCACCAAAAUGCCUAAAACUGAUAACGCCACAUCUCCAGAAUGCCGUAAUGAGAAGUUGUAAGAAGGUAGCUCACCAUGCAUUCCGACUCUCAACCCAGAAGCAGGGGAUUAUCUCCAGAGCGUUGCAAGCAGCAAGUUGCGUCGGCUGGUAAAGACAAAAUUCGAGAAAUGCUACUAAUUCAAUUAGAGGAACUGGAGAUGCUGACCUCAAUGUUUCCCAACUCAGGUGAAUUAACCGUCACAGACCAAUCUGUGAUCGCUGACAUCAAUCAAUUUGUAGAAUGUAAAUCAUCCACAGUUCCUCUACAUCUGGAGUACAUAAUUAAUUUAAAUUUAGAUGAUCUCAAGCUUGAGCUGUGUGCUAAUUUGCCAAGCUUUUACCCAGAGACUGAACCUAGUGUUUUCGUUCGUAGUGACCAAUUGAAUAGGACUCAUCAAACCCGAUUGAAUUCGGAUGUCAAGGACUACGUAGCAUCUCUAGAGAGAGGUGAGAUUUGCAUUUGCUCAAUUGUGAUAUGGCUACAAGAAAAUGCAGCCAAUUAUCACCAGAAGAUCGCUUCCCCAAAGAAAGACAACUUGAAAGAGAGUAGGGAAUCGUUUUCUCGGCUGUGGAUAUACUCGCAUCAUAUUUACAACAAGACGAAGCGGAAAGAAAUAUUAGAGCAAGCACUUGAUCGCAAUCUCAGUGGCUUUUGUCUGCCCGGAAAGCCGGGGAUUAUCUGUGUGGAAGGACCAUCAUCAGGCUGCAGUGAGUGGUGGCAAACGAUCAGAAAUAUGACAUGGCAGAGAAUUAUGUGCAAAAAGGUGGAGGAAGAAGUUAUCGGGUCAUGGCAAGACUUGGACUCUCAUCGGAAAUUCGGAAAAUUUCAGGAGGUAUCAUUUGUCAAUGAGAACGCAACAAGCAAAGAUCAAGGCAAGCACAUGAACAUGGGUGACUUCUAUCGCUACUUGCAAGAACACGACUGCGGAGAAGUUUUCAAGGAUUACUUCGGCAUUGAUGGCAGAUCUGGAGACGCAUAGUUGAAUAAUAAUGCUCCGUGUCAAGAAUGAAAGACAAGUAAACAUCAAUUUAUCCAUUUUCAACUAUUUUCUUCUGAGUUCUGUUUAGAUGAAGCUGGAAAAUGUUUGAAUGUUUUUUAAAUGGGGGCCAUGUGAACGUGAGAGUCACUCAAGAUCUAGCCAAAAAAUGAGUUAGUUGCUGUCCUAUGUAACGUUAAACUGAGUAGUUGACUUUUUGGCUUGUAAGUUUUGGACUUUUAUGUUGAGCAUUUCGAACUUUCCUGAAUUUUCGAAUUAAUUGCCGAAAAAAAAAAUCCACUUUUUUUUAUUUUCCUUGUUCCAAAAGUUUUGUAGAAGCAGCUUUAUAAUAGUCACACCAAUACGUAUCAAUAUGGUUUGUGUUCA